AGUUGCGCGAAAACUGCCUGCCGACGAAAAUCGGAAUUUCGAAAAGUGCUACAAUGAGUAGCCGGUGCAGGGGAGAAAUUCUCCUGUGUUUGUUGUUGAUGAUAGGGGGUAGUUUGGGGCGAGAAAAGAGAGUUUUGGAAAAUGCCACUAUUCCUAGCGGUGGCAAAAGCGAUGGAAACGCAAUGUCGGCGAUUCAGCGAAGUGAGGCAAUUUAUCGAACAGUCGAUACCAAUUUGAAUUCCACUUACUACUUUACACAAAACGAAGAUGACGAUAAUGAUGACAUUGAUUUACCAAUAUUAGACGACGAGCCUUUAAAUAAUUCGAAUUUUCCUAACAGUCUAGAAGCCAUUCGAAGAGCCAUGCAAAAGAUUAACAAUACCGAAUGCAUUAAUGAUACUACUAAUGUAUUAUGGGCUAUUUCGAGAAGGGAAAAAUGGGCUCUUGAAUUAUUGGAUUCGUUUCCGAAAUUCCCUGAAAGUAUUUUAUACGGGAAUUACUACCAAUUAGGAAAUUUCGACGAGUGCGUCGGCGCCAGAUCAUACAAUAACGACAUACAGGGACAAUAUUGUUUAGCCGACAUACGAUUUAUGAGAAAACACGAAAAUAAAAUCCAAACGAAACGGUCCGUCAGAAACAUGGCCGAAGAGAAAAAUCGAGGCGUAUUCGACAACAACAUCAUCCACUGGGCCAUAUGUUUACCCUCAUCCUGCCGCUCGCAAGACUCCGAGAUUUUCAUCGACGAAAUCUUCCAAUCCUCCGUCAGACAUUACCACAUACAAUCCGUCGAUAUCGACCCGAAGCAAUGCGAUUUUAACAAGAAAUUACCCUUCACCACCAGCGAGAUUAUCUACGGAUCCGCAGUCGGUAUCUUCCUAAUGUUCACCCUGCUAGCCACGGCUACUCACGUGUGGCACUUGAAGAAGAUCAGAAAAUCCGCCAUGUACAACGUGGAUGAUUUGAGGGAGAAGCAAUCGAACAUCGUCAAGGAGACUCUUAUAUGUUUCUCCGUCAUAAAUACGACCGAGCGGUUUUUCCACACGAAACCCAACGAUCUCAAUCUGGAAGCCAUCUGCGGCGUCAAGUUCAUUUCCAUGGUGACCAUCGUUGCCGGCCAUUCGCUCAUCUUCUUCUUCGGAGGGCCCAUGGCGAAUAAGAACUUUUUCGCAGAGGCGGUGAUGAAAGCAGAAAAUGCAAUUUUUAUCAACAGCCCCAUAAUAGUAGACACAUUUCUACUCCUCAGCGGCUUUUUGAUGUGCAGACUCCUGCUGAUAGAAAUGGACAAACGCAGGGGAAGAAUCAAUUUCAUGGUUUUGUUCAUUGCCAGAUACAUCAGGCUGACUCCGGCUUAUGCUGUAGUAUUGGGCAUGCACACCACGUUGCUCUAUCGCAUGGGAUCGGGUCCCUUUUGGGAGAGCAGGAUCGGGGUAGAGAAAGAAAGAUGCGAGAAAUCGUGGUGGUUGAAUUUGCUGUACGUUAAUAAUUACAUCGGAACCGAUAAUUUGUGUAUGUUCCAAUCGUGGUACUUAGCAGUGGAUUAUCACCUAUUCAUACUGGCGCCUAUUAUAAUUUAUCCUCUGUGGAAAAGGCCUAAAUUGGGAGAAACGAUGCUGCUUUUGUGUACGAUAGCUUCAGUGGUACUGCCAUUUUGGAUUACACUUAAAGAGAAGCUCGAUCCCACGGUUAUGGCGUACCCUCCGGAAGUUGGCGAUAUUGCGACGAAUUUCUAUUUCGCUAACUAUUACAUCAAAACCCACAUGCGGAUAAGCUCGUAUUGCAUUGGAUUAUUUUACGCGUACCUCGUGCACAAGAUACAAGGAUCGAUGUACAAAUCCUUUGUUUUUAGGACAAAAAUACCUACGUACGUAAUAGUGGCGGGCUGGAUUUUCGCGAUAAUUUGCGGCAUAGGUUCAAUGUAUUCUAUAAUAAUUUUUUACAAUCCCGAGCACACUGUAAAUAUUGUAGCGAACGCUUUGUAUGCCUCAUUGCAUAGAGUUACUUGGUCUCUAGCUGUAGGUUGGGUACUUUUCGUUUGCAUUACGGAUAACGCAAGUAUUAUAAACAAAUUUCUAUCGUCCAAAUUCUUCAUACCUGCGAGUAGAUUGACUUAUUGCGCUUAUUUAGCCAAUGGUUUGGUGGAGAUUUACAGUGCUGGUGUACUCAGACAACCCACUCAAAUGAGCGUAUACGAACUGAUUUGCAAAACUAGCGGACACAUCAUCAUAACAUUCCUUCUGGCGUUCUUCCUUUGCAUAUUGUUCGAAUCGCCGAUACACGGAAUGGAGAAGAUUCUUCUUAAAAAUUUGGACAAGAGGAAAAAACAGGAGGAGGACAAGACGAGAAAUUCGGUUCUUUCGGUUGCCGAAUUAUGAAAUUACAGUUGCACAAAUGCACAUCAAAAAUGCAAUGUUAUUCUCAUUAAUUAUUUGCCAGCCCACUCCUAGAUUCUAUAUUUGGAUGAUGGUUUAUCAUUUUUGAUGAAAGUUUGUGCAACUGGAUAGUUAAAUAAUGCCUAAUGUAGCCAAGACAAGUUGAUAUCAAGACAAUUAAUUUGAUUGUAUAGAUGAAAUUGUAUUAUAUUUAUUUACUAUAUUUAAUAAUGCUAUUUGCUAAAUAAGGAUUAGUUUUUUAAUAUACCUACACAAAUUGUAAUAAAAAGUAAUAAAAAAA